UUACAAAUCAGACAAUCUUUAAUAAAUUGUGUUUCCCUUCGAAAUAAAUAAAAUAGUUAAGAUUUAUUUUGAUAUUAAGCCUCACCAUGCUUUCAAAUUGUGCCACUAAAACUAUUAGUUUUUUGCGCGGUGGCAUCCGCACCAUUACUAGCAGUGCCGUGGUCCGUAGCGAUAAUUUGGUUGUUCACCGUGACACCCCUGAAAACAAUCCGGACGUACCAUUUGACUUUACUCCCGAAAAUGCAACGCGUGCAAAAGCACUUUUAAGCAUUUACCCUGAAGGGCACAAACGUGGUGCUAUGAUACCACUUUUGGAUUUGGCUCAACGUCAGAACGGAUGGCUGAGUAUAUCUGCUAUGAAUAAAGUAGCUGAAUAUUUGGAAUUACCCAAUAUGCGUGUUUAUGAAGUGGCUACAUUUUAUAGUAUGUUCAUGCGUAAACCUAUUGGGAAAUAUCACGUACAAGUAUGUACCACUACUCCUUGCUGGUUGCGCGGGUCUGAUGAAAUUAUGGAUACAUGCAAAAAAACUCUUGGAAUUGGAGUUGGUGAAACUACAAAAGAUCGUAAAUUUACCAUUUCUGAAGUUGAAUGUUUGGGUGCUUGUGUGAACGCACCUAUGGUGGCCGUUAAUGAUGAUUACUACGAAGACUUAACGGCAAAGGAUAUGAAGGCAAUUCUUGAUGAUUGUAAGGCUGAUCGCAAAUCUCCUGCAGGACCAAGGAGUGGUCGCUUUGCAAGCGAGCCUGCUGGAGAGCCCACAUCUUUAACUGAAGAACCAAAAGGCCCCGGUUUCGGCGUACAAUCCGGACUUUAAAAAUUGUGUUUAUUAUAAUGAAAAUUUUUAAUUGAAAACGAAUUAUAAUUAAUAAAAGCUAAUAAUUAUUA